CUGUUGUAACUGUUUAGAUAACGGAGCUCCCAGACAAGACACACCGAAGCGAGCCGUGACUAGUGUUUAUCUAUCUCUCUUCUCUGAAUCAUUCCAAAACUGCAUAACCAGAAGCUUCUUCGCGCAAAGCAAUGACUGUUUACCUUGCAAGGAAUGCUGAAAGGACCACGGGAUUGCGGUGGAGUACAGUGAGGUGACGGCGUCACCGUUAAUUCAGCUCAAUACUGGUAGCUGCACUUCCAUUGCCGGAUCUGUUGCAAGCAAUCUUUCUGAGUGCAUUUUGACUACAUAUCGGUGCUUUUGAGUGUAUUUUGAUGGGACUGCAUGUGUGUAUGCUUGAAUCUGAUGAAUUUUGCAAAACGGAUGUUUAUAGAAGUCUAUAUUAAGUCGGCAAUGUUGUUCUCUCCAAAUUUUACUUAAUGAUAUUGACUUGGAGAGAAAUCUUGGAUUUUUGUUAAAAGUUUUGAGUGAGUGCUGUUUAUAAGGAGUUGAUUCUAUUGAUCUGGAGAUGUGCUUCUUAUUGAACUAAAAAAUUAGAGGGAGUUGAGGAACAAUCCGGAAUUUAGAUAUGGCUUCAUGGGAACAUUUUGGGGAAAUCGCAAAUGUCGCCCAGCUUACUGGCAUAGAUGCGGUGAGGCUAAUUGGGAUGAUUGUGAAAGCUGCUACCACAGCCCGGAUGCACAAGAAGAAUUGCAGGCAGUUUGCGCAGCAUCUCAAAUUAAUUGGAAAUUUAUUGGAGCAGCUCAAGAUUACUGAACUUAAGAGGUAUCCGGAAACCCGAGAGCCAUUGGAACAACUUGAAGAUGCAUUAAGGAGGUCUUACAGAAACGCUUCAUCAGUUUCGUCCAAACAUGAACUGCUGUCUUCAAAGGGUUCACAUAGAUAUGAAGAGUGGCAUUCAGAUCUGCUCGGCUGCUGUUCAGAACCUCUCUUGUGUAUUAAAACCGUUUUCUUUCCUUGUGGUACAUUUUCUAAAGUUGCCAGUGUUGCUGCAGACAGGCAUAUAUCAUCAGCGGAAGCUUGUAAUGAAUUAAUGGCUUAUUCUUUGAUACUAUCCUGCUGUUGUUACACAUGUUGCAUCAGAAGGAAGCUUCGGAAAAAGCUAAAUAUCAUGGGUGGCUUUGUUGAUGAUUUUCUUUCUCAUUUAAUGUGUUGUUGCUGUGCUCUUGUCCAAGAAUGGCGCGAAGUGGAGAUACGUGGGGCUCAUGGUUUAGAGAAGACAAAAGUGAGCCCUCCAACCUCUCAAUUCAUGGAAUCUUGAGAAGUUAAAGUUUGCAUUUUAGCUUUAAAAAUAUUAAGAAGCAUUAUACAGAGGUAACGGUUUAUUACUGUUGUCACUUUAUACGUGAGAGUAUUUUUGCGUGUUCAAAUCUUCCUUGCUGUAGAGUUAUUCUUUUACACAGGCUCAGUUUGUAAAAAUGACGAAGUUUACAUUGGUUCUUUGUUCAUUCGUUUACAUUUGGUUAUACAUGCAUGUGAUGUACGAAUCUGUCACUUACUGGGUGUACAUACAGGGAAUAUUUUGACAUCUGAAAAUGGUUUGGGUCUCCGUGCUCUGAUA